AUGGCUUCUACCAAACGUGCACUGCUCAUUGCCAGUCCCUACGGUGAUCUCCAGGGACCAGAGAACGAUGUUGAGAUGAUGUCCAGAGUCCUUCAGAAACGAGGCUUUCAAGUCCACCGGUGUUGUGGCUCGGCUGCCACUCGAGAUGGCAUCCGUUCCGCUUGGAAAGAUCUCAUAUGUCAAACAGCAUCAGACGAUACCGUGGUCAUCUACUAUUCAGGCCAUGGAGGUGAAGCCCUAUCAUCGACAAAGGGAGAGCCGCAAGCUUCUAGCCAGCCGUGGAGGCUGCAGUUCAUUGUUCCUAUAGACUAUCAGGAUGGGGGUAAAGAGUUUCGCGGAAUUUCGGAAGUGGAACUAUCUCAGUGGCUGCUGGACACCACUGAUAAAACUCACAAUGUGACAGUAAUCCUGGAUUGUUGCCAUUCUGGUCGUAUGGUACGCGAUCCUCGUUGUGGGAAGAAGGCAAUUCGAAAGAAUCUCCCGACAAAUCGGCACCAUGAUAUCGCGCAACAUAUCAAGUCACUUCGACAGCAGGGAUUCCUUCGUGACCGCAAUACGCCAGAAGGAAAUCCUCACGCAGUGCGAAUUGCUGCUGCUGCACCAUGGGAGAGUGCAUAUGAAUACGAAAAUGAUUAUGGGGAGCGAGUUGGUGCGUUGACAGAAGCUCUUGUUCGCGUGAUCGAAGAGACGAAGGAUGACCAUAUCUCCUGGAAAACCGUCAUGUUUCGUGUGCAGGAAUUGGUCAAUAUUUCUUUUGCACAGCAACACCCACGAGUAGAAGGACCACAAACCCGCUUUUUAUUCGCUUUGGAUCACCGAGAAUCGGGCGCCAUUCUUAUCACUGAAGAGCGUGACAAGACAGCCAAGAUUAAAUGCGGACGAGUUGCAGGAGUUCGAGAGAAAAAUAUUUACGCCAUAAUGCCACCCGGAUCCGAGAAGGUUGAUGAGAAGUUCCAGAUCGCUACUGCUACGGUCGUCUGCGUCAGUGGAUUUGAUGCUGCUGUAACGCUCACCUGGAAAAAUGGAGCCCACCAGUUACCUCGUGAAGGGGCACUGGCUUUUCUCAUCGAAGAAGCUCUCUACAAAUGGCCAGCCGUCGUUCCGGAAGGAGCCCCAGUACUUCGGAAACAGGUUGAACUAUCUAAGUUUAUUCGGUGUUGCGAUGACGACGAGGUAACCUCGCUUGUUGAAUUUCGGCAGGAAGAAGGAAAACUUACCGCAAUCAAUAAGGUGGGAAUACAGUUUUUCUCGCAGCGGUUUUAUGGCAAACAACCUCCACUCUCUGCUUAUAGGGCUGCUGUACAUGCCGCAGAUCAAGUAGCUCGAGCGCAGCAUUUUCUUGUUCAGUCCUGUGACACUAAUGAAGAACAACUGCCGCACAUCACCGAGGAGCAGUCACAUCUUAUCGCUGAAGACAAGUUGCAGCAUGAUCUUGAGAUAAAACUCGGGCUGGUGCAAGAUUCCUGUUUUGGAAGAAUCAUUGACGCCGCCGGUGAUGAUGCAAUUACGGAAAAUUCCAGUAUAUUCAUCUAUCUGCGCAACACCGAUGAGCGGUCCAGAGUCUUUGUAUCCAUUUUUGAGGUGGAAGUGAAUGGUCAAAUCAACGCCUUAAAUGGCGAUGUGGGAGGUAUCGACUUGCCUCCAGGACGAGAUUAUACGAUCGGUAGUUCUGGGGGCAGACUUGAGGGACUUAAGGUCAAAUGGCCGAACAACAUCCCCAGAGCGCAGGCGGUGGUAGACACUUUGGUCCUUGUGCUUUCAAGUGCCCCAGUUGAUUUGCGGUUUCUAAUAAGCACGGAAUUUGUUUCGCGGGGGACCACUUCAAAUCAGUCGUCUUUAGGUGGUCGCCUCUUCCGACUUGGGCAGGGGGCAAGCCGCCUUAUCGAGACAGAGAGGCCAACAGAAAAGAUUCGCUAUGAUAUGAUCCAGUUGCCGUUUCUGUUGAAGCCGCUUAGCCCAUAG